AUGUGCGAUACGGGGCGUAGUUUGGUUGGAAUGUUGUUGUUAAUCAGUGCUGGAUGGACAGCGGAGGCGACCAUUACUGUUGGAUUACCACCGGGUGUACGUCAGGAGAGCAAAAAGUUCGUUAUCAGCCUUUACGAUUUGCGGAAUAACAAACCGUUCGUGUACCCGGUGGUUACAUUUGGAAACUCAUCUACCGUGGUCGUGAAAGACGGAACGAGACUAGACUCACCGGAAGGAAACGGAAACACUUGCUAUUGUCAAGAACUACUGUGCGGAUGCUGCAUGGGAAUGAAAAUCGACCAGUUGAACUUUAAUCGACAUUUUUGCACCAACCUGGCCUACGAACCGUACGAUUUCGCCGUCAACGUCGAAGUGCUCAUGAACCGGAGCAGCAUCUUCACAGGUAAAAUAUCAGCUAAAAAUCCACCGCCAGUCUGCCUUCCGGUGCCGAUUCCCUACAUACCAAUUAAUGCCGACCUGUGCUUGCGUCUGUUCGACAUCUACACUCCCCGACAAAACCUGCAUGCCUGUAUGGACAUCGAGGCACGAGUUUGGCGCUUUCCGGUUGUCGUACUUCAUUUCGAAUGCAUGCGUAUGGGACAGGAUGGUUUCACCUUUCUUAAACCGGAAGACGGCGAUGGUUUCAAUAGCGAACCGGGUUCAACCGACGUUUACGAUGAAAUUGACGACGUUAAAAAGAAACUCGAUUAG